UUAAAUAAUCAUUUUAUGAAGGCGUAUUUCUUCUUGCAGGUGCUACCGUUUGCUCUUGGAAUAGGCAUAAUCGUUAUAAGCGCAGUGAUAUACCAGUUGUUUUUUUCUAAAACUGGCAUAAAAGGUGGUAAAAAGAAGAAAUUAGUUACUUUAGAGGAUCCUCAGAAGAAGUAUGCAUUGCCACUGAUAGAAAGACAUGAAAUUAAUCACGACACUAGAAGGUUCAGAUUUGGACUUCCUUCACCUAAUCAUGUUUUGGGUCUUCCAAUAGGACAACACAUUCACUUAAGCGCAAAAGUAGGAGGCGAUUUAAUAAUUAGGUCUUACACACCAGUUUCAACAGACGACGAUUAUGGAUACGUGGAUUUGGUGAUAAAAGUUUAUUUCAAAAAUGUUCACCCUAAAUUUCCAGACGGGGGAAAAAUGUCACAAUAUUUGAACAACAUGACAUUGGGGGAGACUGUUGAUUUUAGGGGUCCAUCUGGCCGUUUACAGUACAUUGGCCCAGGGAAAUUUUUGAUUAAAAAACUACGCAGCGAUCCUCCUCAAGAAGUAAAUGUGUCGAAAAUUAACAUGAUAGCUGGAGGUACUGGAAUUACUCCUAUGCUUCAGCUAAUACGACAUAUAACAAAAGACCCCCUGGAUAAUACAAAAUUGACAUUAUUAUUUGCUAAUCAAAGUGAAGGAGAUAUUUUAUUGCGAGAUGAGUUGGAAGAGGUAGCCAAAAAUUAUCCUGAGCAAUUCAAACAUUGGUACACCAUUGAUAGAGCAAGUGAUGGAUGGAAGUAUAGUGUAGGAUUCGUGAAUGAUGUUAUGAUCAAGGAGCAUAUGUAUCCUCCAAGUUCUACUACAUUGGUUUUAAUGUGUGGUCCACCUCCGAUGAUUCAAUUUGCAUGUAUUCCAAGUUUAAAAAAUUUGGGAUAUAAUGAGAAUUUGCAUUUCUCCUAUUAAUAAUAAACAUUUUUACUAUUAAGUCAUGCAAAAGAUGGAAAAAUGAUGGUCACUUUAUUUUAGUUCUAUUCACAAUAAUAUUUUUAUUGUAUAUAUGUAGUAGUAGUAUGAUUUUCUGCAUUUUUCAUUCUAAGUUGUAUACAUUUCGUUGGCAAUAAUACUGAUGGCAUGCAAUCUUUA